AAUCAACAGCCACGAUGUCUUAUAGAGGAUUUGGCCUUGAGACUGCCAGUACUGCUCCUAAGAAGAGCAUAAAUGAGAUGAGUCCGGAGGAGCAGGCGGAAGAAGGAGCAAGACAAAUGGUUGAAUUCAUGAUGUCCUGCCCUGGUAAGUCUGCCAUCUCUGCUGUUACUGGUUUUGCCCUUGGUGGUGUUUUCGGUUUGUUCAUGGCCAGUAUGGCCUAUGAUGUUCCUAUUGGUAACAACGCUGCGGGCCAUAUCUCUGACCUUCCGUUCAAACAACAAAUGAAAUUACAAUUCACCGAUAUGGGUAAAAGAUCGUGGUCGAGUGCAAAGAACUUUGGUUAUAUAGGUAUGAUAUACUCAGGUGUUGAAUGUGGUGUUGAAUCGUUACGUGCUAAGAAUGACAUCUACAACGGUGUUGCUGCUGGUUGUAUAACAGGCGGUGGUCUUGCUUUCAAGUCAGGUCCACAAGCAGCAGCUAUUGGAUGUGCUGGUUUUGCAGCUUUCAGUACUGCAAUUGAUCUUUAUAUGAGAAGUGAACACGAAAAGCCACCAACUAACGACUAUGAUGACUGAAGCGCAUGUUUCUUCUUUUCCUUCUUCCCCUUCUGUACAUAUACACUACUUGUUAUAAUAGCAAUAUUAAUAAUGAU